UGAGAAUUUUUUAGGGGUUUGAGAUUCUGUGCAAUAGCGAAUAACAUUUAUACAGAGCUAUCUCCUCUUCAAACCAAAAGUGAUUCCUUCCUUGCUCUUCUGCUGCACCGCACCGCAUGGAGAAGAAGGGGAGAGAAGUCAUCGUCUCUGCUCUGCAGUUUUCUUGCACCGACGAUGUCUCCACCAAUGUUGCCACCGCCGAGAGGCUAGUUAGAGCUGCUCAUAGCAAGGGCGCAAAUAUUGUUCUUAUUCAGGAACUCUUUGAAGGUCAUUACUUCUGCCAGGCACAGAGAGAGGAUUUCUUUCACAGAGCUAAGCCAUAUAAUGGCCAUCCUACAAUUAUGAGGAUGCAGAAACUUGCGAAAGAGUUAGGCGUGGUCAUACCUGUUAGCUUCUUCGAGGAGGCAAACAAUGCGCAUUAUAAUUCAAUAGCCAUAAUUGAUGCUGAUGGAACUGAUCUUGGAAUUUAUAGAAAAUCACAUAUUCCAGAUGGACCAGGUUACGAGGAAAAGUUCUAUUUUAAUCCGGGUGAUACUGGAUUUAAGGUUUUCCAAACUAAGUUUGCAAAAAUUGGAGUUGCUAUAUGCUGGGAUCAGUGGUUUCCUGAGGCAGCCCGAGCUAUGGUGCUUCAAGGUGCUGAGAUUUUAUUUUAUCCAACUGCUAUUGGGUCUGAACCUCAAGAUGAAAACAUUGACUCUCGUGACCAUUGGAAACGAGUAAUGCAAGGGCAUGCUGGGGCCAAUUUGGUACCUCUUGUGGCUUCUAAUAGGAUAGGAAAGGAGAUAAUUGAGACUGAGCAUGGAAAAAGUGAGAUAAAAUUUUAUGGAAACUCCUUCAUAGCAGGACCUACUGGGGAAAUUGUUUCAAUUGCUGAUGAUAACGAGGAAGCUGUUCUUAUUGCUCAAUUUGAUUUGGACAAGAUCAAAUCCAUGAGGCAUAGUUGGGGGGUGUUCCGCGACCGGCGUCCUGAUCUAUAUAAGGUGCUUUUGACAUUAGAUGGCAAAAAUCCUGUCCAGUGAUAGAUAAACAGUUUUUUACUCUGUAAUUGUUGUAUAACCAUGCCUGGGGCGUUUUAAGCCUUCACAACUUUCCAGAGGAUUUAUCAGUCUCACUCACCAAGAAGGCAAGAACAAAAGGAAGUUCAAAAUGUCACAUUGUAAUUUAAUAAAUAUAUGUGGGGAUUAAAGAUCAAUCAGCAAAUUGAUUUGAUAUUUUGUUGUACACACAAAACAUAAAUGAUUCAUUUGAAUCACUUCAGAACAUUGCGUUCCUUUGGGAGGAUUUUUGAA